AUGGAGUCACCAGAGACGUUUACACUGCUUCCCCUCCAACUGGACCCCGCUACCCUGGACGUGACGGCGCCGCAAAGCAGCAGCAACGCCCUGGAAAAGGAGCUGGAAGCGCUCAACAACCUGCACCGAAACCUGCUCGACGUCGGCACACCAACGGGCACGCCUCCGCCCCCAGUGCCCGUGAAUCCCAAGCGCUCCGCUCAAAUCGGCAAGCUGCGCGAGUCGGGCAACGCGGAAUUUAGAAAAGGCCACCACGACGCAGCCGCCAAGCUGUACGCUCUCGCAAUCGACAUGGCGCUUGCACGCCCCGCAUGGGAGCCCUCAGGCCUCGUGCGAGAAGAAGUCUCGGGGCUCCUGAGCAACCGCGCGCAGGCCAACAUGGCGCAGCAGAAGUGGGCCGAGGGCGCCAUUGACGCCGAGGCGUCGGUCGAAAUGAAGAAGGUUGGCAAUGCGAAGGCGUGGUGGCGCCGCGGCAAGUGUCUGCUUGAAAUGGGCCGUCUGGAAGAGGCGGAGCUGUGGGUUAAGCAAGGACUGGAGUUUGAGGCUACUGAGCAGGAUCUGGUGAGUCUCAAGGAUGAGAUUGAGAAGAAGCAGAGAGGUGGGAUUUAA